UUGCGGAUCCGUACUGUCCUCAGAAGCGCCAGUACGAUACCGUUAGCACCUGGCCCCGCACAGACCCCCUGCUUUUGGGGCAGAAUCGCCUCUUUCCGCACCGCGAUUCCCCUUCCUACUACUACAUUUUCUACCCCACCAUUGAACCCUUCAUCGUCAACCAAGGGUACCUUAUCUCUCCAAUUCCGGUCCCAUCUUCGUCCGCAACAAUGGCUCCCGACUCACAGACCAUCCACAUCGGGACGCGGCGCUCCGCCCUAGCCCUCAAGCAGACCGAGCUUGUCGUCUCAGCCCUGCAGGCCGCUCACCCGCACAUCAGCUGUGAGAUCCACGCCAUGGCCACGAUGGGCGACAAGGACACGACCACGCCGCUCCCCAGCAUGGGCAAGGGCCUCUGGACGUCGGAGCUCGAGGCGAAGCUGAUGUCCCGCGAGGUCGAUCUCGUCGUCCACAGCCUCAAGGACAUGCCCACCACCCUACCGGAGGGCUGCGUCCUGGGUUGCGUGACGGUGCGCGAGGACCCGAGGGACGUGGUCGUAUUCCGGGACGGCUCCGAAUACAAGACGCUGGCUGAUCUCCCCGCCGGGAGCGUGGUCGGCACGAGCAGCCUGCGGAGAUCUGCGCAGCUGAAGAGGAGGUAUCCCGCGCUCAAGUUCCAGGAUGUCAGGGGAAACCUCGACACCAGGUUGGGCAAGUUGAAUGCAGACACUAGCCCGUUUUCGUGCAUCAUUCUGGCGGCGGCCGGGCUGCUGCGGUUGGACUAUGGGGCGCGCAUUUCUCAGUACCUGGAGUCGAGCACCGAGGGCGGUGGUCUGUUGCACGCGGUCGGCCAGGGUGCGCUGGGACUCGAGGUGAGGGAGGGCGACCAGCGCGUACUGGGACUCUUGAAGACAAUCGAGGACGCCUCCACCAUGGUGGCAUGUUUUGCGGAGCGUAGUCUUCUAAGAACCCUCGAGGGUGGCUGCAGUGUGCCAAUUGGCGUUGAGACAUCGUGGGUUGGCGAGGGUGACUCGAAGAAGCUGAGACUGAAGGCUACAGUCGUGAGUCUAGACGGAACCGAGGCCGUGGACGGGGAACGGGAGGAGGCCAUCUCUACGCUUGAGCAGGCCGAUAGCUUUGGCCAGAGAGUGGCUCAGGAGCUCGUAGAAAGGGGGGCCAGGAAGAUUCUGGAUGUCAUCAACCAAGGCCGAGCAACGACGCCAGCACCGGCAGGCACCGGGGCAUCAUGAAUCAAGUAUUGUUGUACCAUUGAGCAUCGAUUUACCAUGAUCGCCUGAAUUGCCGGAGAUAGCCGAUACCCUUCCUGUAUGAUGAAUCAAGAAACUCCCCUGAGCCAAAAGGAGGAAUACGCUAUGUACAAUACAAAUGCUUGGCCCAUCUCUGUUUCCACGUCCCACGUUUCCCCGUCAAGCCUCCAGGUUGAACUGUUCCAGGUUGAAUUGUCGGCCAUUGGUCAAAUUUUACGCCAUUCCUAAUAACAAAACUUGUCCUGUCUAUGGCAAGAUUUACUGCUCCGACGAUUCGCCAGCGGUAAACUCCUUGUACUCCUCCGCGUUCAUCAGCCCCUCCAGGUUCUU